CGAUAAAAAAAAACAACAUGAAAUAACUACUUUAGUAUAGCAUAAGGAACUGCGCUUCUGCGAGUUAAAGUGACGCGACAAGUGGCAAAGAUUCAUUGAAUUUGUUGCGCAGUUAAACGUUCUGUUGACAUAUUUAUUAUUUUUACAUUUUUCCCAUCAGUAGUUGUGCCUCAGUAUAUCAGUUAUACUGCAAUACAGAGAGUGAAGAUACUUUACAAGUGUUCUCGUUGUUUUACUGUACUCCUGCUGUUACCUGCGAUGGCUGGGAUGGACCAAGACGAUGUUCUGACGAUACUCAAGAUUUUGAUGAUUGGCGAGACGAAUGUUGGAAAAUCUAGUAUUUUGCUGAGAUUCACAGAAGAUGAAUUUCACGACAAUAUACAAAACACAGUGGGAAUGGACUAUAAAACCAAAAAGCUCACCAUCGAUGGCAACACGGUCAAGCUGGCCAUUUGGGAUACCGCUGGGCAAGAAAGAUUCCGUACUUUAACACCAAAUUACUAUCGUGAUGGUCAAGGUGCUAUUUUAGUCUAUGACGUGACAGAUAGAAGUACAUUCACAAGGUUGGACACAUGGCUAAACGAAUUGCAUACAUACUGUAAUAAAACAGAUAUUGUCAAAAUGGUAGUGGGCAAUAAGAUUGAUCUGCCUGAUAGGCAAGUGAGUACCGAAGAAGGCUUGCAGUUUGCCAGAAGACAUCAAACACUUUACAUUGAGAGCAGUGCUAAAACAGCAGAUGGUGUUAAAUGCUGUUUCGAAGAACUUGUACAAAAGAUCAUACAAACACCAGGUCUCUGGGACACGUAUGCCUUCAAGCCUUUUAACAGUGGCAAUGGCACCAGUGAAGCUAGGCAUCGCAUGGGAAGACGAGGAAUGCAGUUAACUGACGAUUACGAGCCAGAAAAUACAUACUCAAGCUGUUACUGCACUUUAAUUUAAUAUCUUUUAAUUUACAAAUAUGUUUAAUUUUAUAUAUUUUAAUUAACGGGUAAGGUACGAAAAAUUGCGGUUUUUAGAGCUCGUUCUAAAGGAACCUUGCCUGCCUCCUUGUUGGCCGGGAGACCUCUCGCGCGGCAAAGCAGCAGUAGUUUUGUCCGUAAAAAACGGAUUUGAGUGGCGCUUAGAAACUGAAAAGUAAAAAGGAUAGUUGCAAGUAAUUAUAGUACUGCGCUCCUAAAGAAUGACAAUUUCGUGACGAUGGGAAUGAUACCAACCUCGUCCUUGUAACCGUACUCCAGCCUCGAUGAUGAUGAACUGGCCUGCUGGAUACCGGAAAUUUUCUGACCUGGCGAUAUCUUAUGCUCCCUGGGGCAGGCUGCACAUCAAAAUAGUAUUUUGGAGAGUGUUUUUGGCCGCUACCACAUCCCGAUUCCAUUUGGAAAAUGCGUUCCUGUUCCUGUAAGUGAGGCAGUCAGUCUGCCCGUUGGCUGCAUUGCUUCUUUCCAAUGUGCAGCUGCUGAGAACAUACUGCGCACCUUUGAGUGGUGAGGUACUCAUUGCUGGUGUAUAUCUGUGAACAAAAAAAGUAGACAUUACUUGACAAUUACAAUUUAGAAAAAUAAAAAUUCCAUAAAAAUAUCGACAACUUACAAUCAAGUUUUCGGGAUGAUCUUUAGACAAAUCCUUCAAUCUCUUGACGAUGAGUGACAUGGGAAUCUUGCGAUGACCAUGGAUUUUUCCUGUUACACUUGUCUUUCCAAGUGCCAGAAAAGUGGAUACGUGCUUUCUCUCUUGCCCUUUGCAAGUCCCAAAAACAAUUUCGUUGACCAAACGGUCUACAAGGCUUCGAGUUCUUAUUUUUAAAUCAAAUUUUUGACGUGACCAAAACUUUUUUCAAUAAAUUGGACCCAAAUUAUGAAAGUACAAACGUUUAUAUUUGGUAAAAUUUCAUGAUCCUUGUUGUUCUUCAAUAAAUUGAUAUUUGGAAAUUGGUCCUUUAAAAAUUUCAUCUUCUCAUCUAUAAGCUGGUGGUAGUAACUUGCUCUCCAUAUUUAUAUUAUGGUGACUCUUCUAGAAGCACUUCGGAACCACUAAUAUCUAAUGAGGUCAACGUAAUUGGUACCUCUCGGGUCUACUGCCGUAAGGGACUCUUUGGCCUCUUUCCUUUUGUUUACAUCGACAGAAUGUACAUCCAGAGGAAUAAUAACCCCAGGGUCGAUACCCGCAAACCUGUUGUAUGUUUUUUUCUUGCAAACAUCCAAAGCUUGUUUUUUAUUUUCCUUUUUUUUAUUCGUCUUCUUCGGAGCUUUCUCCUAUCCUUUUUUCUUGUUUUCACCUGCUGUUUGAUACCUGUUCAGGUGCACUGAUUUUUUUGCAUUGCCUGGGUCUGCUCUGCGCUUAAACAGGUGAAUGCUGGCAUCGACAUCGUUACAACUUAUUCUCCAAUCGAAAACGAGUUUUUGCUUUUGUUUGAAGACGCUCUGUAAAUCGAAUAAGCUGGAAAACAUUUGUUAUGCGUUUUUAUUAAUAUUGUAAGAUUGCUGUAUAAUUUGUAUAAAUAAACAGCCCGCUGUUGUA